AUGGCACUGAACUUCCCUGCAAAGUGGACGCGCAAAAUAGUUUUGGAUGAGUGGAAUGUGAAAGAGAGUCAAAGAAAGAAUCUCAUGCGACUGGCAAAUUUUUACGAAAAGAAUAAUCGACCUCGGACACCACUGAAAAGGAAGAGUCGCGGAUGUGUUUUUUGUGGCCUUGGGAACGACGUCUUGGAGCUUGGUGGUUUCGUCUUUUGCAAUAAACCGCACAUGAGAUUCGCAUUUCAUGAGCGAUGUUUGACGUCAACGGGAGGUAUCAAAAUGGAAGCCACUAAGUACCGAAAUGAAUUUACGAAUUUUUUCUAUGAGUUCGCUGUUGAUUCGUUGGUGAGAUGGCUGGAGAAGAAUUAUCGACGAAUUUGCGUAAUCUGUCAACGAGGUUUUGCAUCAAUUCCAUGCAAUGGCUCUAAGGGUUGUCUUAAUCAAGCACAUGUGCCGUGUGCCUUAAAAGAUGGGUGGCGGUUUGAUCAUGAACUUUGCAGAGCAUUUUGUGUUCAGCACUUGCAAAUUGAUGCAAUGAUCAUGGCCGUUUCAUCCAACCUCACUGGAAUACAGCGACUCGCGUAUUCUCGAUGUUCCGACCUACAGUGUCCGCACUGCAAUAAGAGUGGUCCUGACAAGGAUGCGUUUCAGCAGUUAUUAUCUGCUCAGGAUAUAUUCAUUCCGGAUUGGAUUGCCGAUUUUGAUGAAAUUGAAGACCGCGUAUGUCUGAAGUGUGAACAGCCAAACAACUUAAUCUUCUGUUGGGUGAGUGGAUCCUCUUUCUUUCCAUUGGAACCAUCCAAUAGUUUGAGGAAGAGUGCUCUUGUUCUCGAGGAUGUUGAUGGCGACACCUCAAAAGAAAAUGAGAACUUACCCGUUGAUGAAAUGGGUAAUUCGUUUGAGACUACAGGAGGCACUGAUGGGACUCCAUCUAGACGCAGUCGUGAAGUUCUGAGUGCGACUCAGCAUAGAAUACCGACACCAUUAUUAGCGUCUUCUUUCCCCUCCCAAUCUUCUGUCAACAACAUCCGUUCAAGUAGAUCUGUAACAUCAAAUAGGAAGCGUAAAUUGCUCGAAGAUGAAUGUGAUGACACCAUGGAUGUUGACGGUCACAAUCAUUUGAGAUUUUAUGAUGAAAAUCGUCCAUCAAAUUUUUACAAACGUUCGCCAUCAACGGUAUCAUUCAGCCCAUCGGACAGUAAUGCAUCGAAUAAACCACGAAAAUUAUAUUCGCAGACAUUUCUUAAUACAGUCGAUACUACUGCUGCUGCUCAAUUUAAUGAACUUCUCUCAACCGAACGCAUCUCUUCUAAUCGAACGACAACAGAGAGCGCCACUUCAAUUUCAUCAGACGGCAACCCGACUUCAUCGUCAGCAUGCAACUCAGCGAUUUCAUUAACUAACCGCAGAAGCGAGCUUGAAACAGCAAGUCAUUCUUUGCAAUCAAAUCCACUGCCCGUCAAUCACGGAUUGUCAAAUUUGAAAAAAUUAAGUUUGCAAGGAGCAUCUUUAUUCGCACGAUUUUCUUUGCUCUACUUUUUCAUCAUCAUCUUCAAUUUGGCUCUGAGUCUACUGUUCAGUUCAGUAGAAGAAAUGGCCAGCCAAGAAAAACUGUCGAGCGAGUUAAUGAAUAAUCACAGUGUCGACAUAGAUCAGGGUUGCUCGCAGUGUGAAAGGUAUACAAAGCGCAUGACGGGCGAUUCUGGUCGUAGAUUUGCGACCGAAUUUUGUCGUCGUUUUCUGCAGGCAGCUUGCAAUGGUUUGCAUACUGUUGUCGUUUCUGAUCGCAGUUGA